ACAUUAACCCCAAAACUAAACUCGUAGUGGGUGUGUGUGGCAAACUCCCAAACUCCAAGUCCAGGAAUAGUUUUCAAAGUUCAGUUCAGCAAGCUGUAAGGUGAUACGUGAGCAAAGGCUUCUUCAAAACCACCGUUGACUGAAGAACUUCUCUGUGUGACCCAGAGAUGUCUUUGGUAUGUCUGUCUGACUUUGAGAUGUAUGCUAAAGAACAUUUACCAAAACCACCUGGGAUUACUACGCUUGCCGGGGCAGAUGAGUGCUGUACUAGAGAUGACAAUCUGAUGGCUUAUAAAAGGAUCCGUCUGCGACCCCGAAUGCUAAGAGAUGUUUCUGUAACAGACACGAGAACAACAAUCCAGGGCACAGAGAUCAGUUUUCCGAUAGGGAUUGCACCCACUGCUUUCCACUGCAUGGCAUGGCAUGACGGCGAGAUGAGUACAGCCCGUGCUGCUGAAGCCAUGAAUACUUGUUACGUUGCCAGCACAUACGCCACCUGCUCAGUGGAGGAGAUUUCAGCAGCAGCUCCAAAUGGAUUUCGUUGGUUUCAACUUUAUGUCUACCGGAACCGUAAACUUUCAGAGCAGUUAAUACACCGGGUGGAGGCACAUGGAUACAAGGCCAUUGUCUUAACUGUGGAUGUUCCUUAUACUGGCAAGCGGAGAAAUGACAUCAGGAACAACUUUAAGCUACCACCUCAUCUCAAAGUAAAAAACUUUGACGGCAUUUUUGAGGAAUUUAAUGGAGCUGAGGUGUAUGGAGUACCUGCUAAUUCUCUUGAUCCAUCAAUCUCUUGGAAAGAUAUUUACUGGCUUCGGUCAUUAACUCGCCUGCCUAUAAUUAUCAAGGGUAUUCUAACCAAGGAAGAUGCAGAGCUGGCAGUGGAACACGGUGUCCAAGGUAUCAUUGUGUCGAACCAUGGAGGCAGGCAACUUGAUGGAGGCCCAGCUACGAUAGAUGCCCUAUCAGAGAUUGUGGAGACAGUACAAGGAAGAAUUGAGGUUUAUUUGGAUGGAGGAAUCCGUACAGGAAGUGAUGUGCUCAAGGCUUUAGCUCUUGGUGCCAAGUGUGUUUUUAUUGGUCGGCCUGUGGUUUGGGGCCUUGCCUUCAAGGGUGAAGAAGGCGUCAAAGAUAUUUUGCAGAUAUUGAAUGAUGAAUUUCGUUUAUCAAUGGCUUUGUCUGGUUGCAGAAAUAUCUCCGAGAUCAACAGGAACCUCAUUCAGUUCUCCAAGCUCUAGAAUGAUUCCUGAAAUGAUAUCAAAUGGCACAUCUGGAUUGAGGCCACCACUACUGGAAGAUUAAUCUAUCUAGAAGGAAAAGACCAUUUUGGAUAAAUAUGAAGCAAAUUGGAAACACUGUAGCAAGGCAAAUAAACAAAUCAGAAUA